AUGUUUGAUCCGCUUGAUUUUUUCAACGGCCCAGAACACUCUGCUAGCCAGGACUCUGAGCCUGCAAAGAUUGAAUACAGUCAGCAGCGUGAAGCCUCAAAGAAGGUGACAGUUGCAGAUCAGGACUUGAAAAUACAUAGUAGCACUGAUGACGUCGACGUUCCAGCUCAGGUCAUCGAUCUCCCCAUGGUACAAAUCGCUGAACCGGUGGUUAUCUUGACGGUCCUGCUGCUGCUGAGACCACCAGUAGAUGUGAACUUUACGAAAGGAAACCGCGAGAAUUCUGGAACCAACGACACGGCUGUCGGGACGGACGAGCUUCCUCUCACUUUUAUCCAAGAAACUGUUGAUUGGUACAGGUACGUGGGAAAUCCAAAUCUUGACUCUGCGUCCAAAUUGUGGGCGAAAGUGCCUCGACUGGCGGCCACUGCUACUGAAAAGAAUCUUGUGACGUAUUACACCACGGUACUUGCGAGAUACAGCAGGAUUGAGCAGCCAGAUGAGGUUGUGGCGCGGAUUUUGAGCGAAGCCAGUUUGCGUAUUUCCGAAAAAUGUGGACGAACAGCUCAGCCAGCGAUGACUAGAGUAUUCCAAGUCGAGGGCUUGCAAAAAUGUAUAAAGCUACACGAGCCAAGUUUGACGGCAGAUAAUCUUGGGUUGAAAACCUGGGGCGCUUCAUUGGUCUUGGCGCAAAAGCUUUGCCAGAAUGUGCACGAAGUAAUUGAUGGUCGAAAACAACCGCGAGUUUUGGAACUUGGAGCAGGUACGGGACUUGUAGGAAUAGCAUUGAUACAAAAACUACUAGAAGCUCAAGAGAAGUGUCCCGCCAUUACAUUUCAUUUGACUGAUCUGCCAGAAAUAGUGCCAAACUUGAUCAGGAACGUCGAGCUUAACAAUUGCAAUCAAACCUCAGACCUAACUGUGAUCGCAGACGUGUUAGACUGGACCGAUCCUUCAUAUUUUAGAGUUAGCCACGGAUCUCAAAAAUUUGACGUUCUGCUGAUUGCAGAUCCUCUUUACUCGCCACAGCAUCCUCAAUGGAUUAUUGACAUGAUAGUGGAAUUUUUGGCACCGGGAGGAACAGUCUAUCUUGAGCUUCCUGUGCGGGCUAAGUAUACGGUGGAAAGACAGCGAUUAUGGGAUCUGAUCAAAGCCGCCAAUCUAGAAUUCAUCAAAGAAGAGACAGACGAGGGACUCGAUGACUGGGGCCAAGUAUCAUACCUAUAUAAAGAGAUUGUGUAUAGAACGCCGCUUUGA